GAUUUAAAAGUUUUUGGAUUUUUCUAUAACACAUCUCACAUGAACUAUACACAACUCUAGUACAAGCCAAAAACUAUACUAAUCGACUGAAAGAUUUUAGAUUAAGAAGAAGAAAAAAAAAGACCCCAACGAUAGUUAUAGUGUGGGCCUAUUUGUAGAGAAGGCCCAUUAUAAUUUAUGUAAUCUCCUAAUUCACCCCUGAUGACGUUACGGCGUUAAUAACACGCACGCUUGAUCAGUUUAAUCUCCAGUUGACAUCAAAUCUGGUAAAGCGUCACGUUUCUUGCAUCUUGUAGUUUCUAUGGCGAUAGGGAAUGACUGAUAAUCUGCACGUGGAAGAAUCGUUGUUUGUUUGGCCUAGGCUUUGUAUUUGAAUGUGUUGGUCUGAACUGUGAAGUAGUGUGUAAAAAGGUCUUAUUGAAGUAGAGGAUCCUUGUAUUGAGUAUCUAUUUGGUCGCAGGUAUCUUCAAAAGGAACAUGAGUUGCUUGCUUGCCAUCUUCUUCCUGAUUGUAGAGAAACUUUGGACUAUGUCUGUCUAUACAAAACACCGACGCUCAGAUGGAAGGAAGUCAACUGAAUCCAGAUUGUUGAAGCAUGCCUAGGAAUCACUCGGAAUUUUCUUGAAUAUUUAUGUUUUUUUUUGUGUGUGCUUUGUUAUGCUUACUACACCAUGGAAACGCCUUCUACAUCUCUUGUACACCAGCCUUCACAUAUAUGCAGGGUUUGGUUUUGAGUAUUUUGAAGAUGAACGGGAUGCUGAAGAUGCAAUCCGCAAGCUUCACAAUUACCGUUUUGAGAAACGCAGACUAUCAGUUGAAUGGGGGAGGAGGGGUGAACGCAGCAGGCAUGGUGAUGGGUCAUAUCAGAAGCCUACAAAGACAUUGUUUGUCUGCAACUUCGACCCCUUUAGAACAAAAGAAGUCGACAUUGAACAGCACUUUCAACCCUAUGGAAAGGUCAUCAACGUACGUAUCAGGAGCAACUACUCAUUUGCUCAGUUUGCAACUCAAGCAGAUGCUACAAAAGCCCUUGAAGCUACUCAAAGAAGCCAAAUAUUGGGCAAGGUUAUUGCUGUUGAGUAUGGCUUAGAAGAUGACGAUGAAAGAGAUGACCGACGUGGUGGUGGUAGUCCGAAGAGAUCUCCUAGCCCUGCGUAUCAUAGGCGUCCAAUUCCUGAUUAUGGUCGUCCUCGAAGCCCUGAAUAUGACAGAGGCAGGAGGAGUCCAGCAGCCUAUGAACGACGCAGGAGUCCAGCAGCUUGUGAAAGACGCAUGAGUCCAGCAGAUUAUGGACGUAUGAGUCCUGAUAAUGGUAAACAAAGGAGUUCUUCUUAUGAUAGAUACAGAAGUCUAUCUCCAGUUCCAAGAGGAAGAAAAUCUGAAGAAUGCAGAACCAGAAGCUACCAAGAAUGCUUGUGACACAAUGGUAUCUCAGCCGUAGAAUGGUAGAGUUCUAGCGUGUUUUUUCUAUGUUGUGUUCGAGUUACAAUAUGUUGUUGAUAUUAGUCUGAAAACACUACUAUAACUUGUGUCCCUGAUGAUUGUAAUGGUACCUUGACUAUGAAUUCCUUUAUAGAAUUGGAGUGGAGUUCUAUGUCUUCGUUUCUUGCAGUGCACUGUUACGCUACUCAUAAGGUGGACUCAUGUGGGGUUAAAUGGGCCGGAAAGGCCCAAUAUGUGUUGGGAAUCUUGUUAAUGACGAUUUUGAAUUUUGAUCUUUGAGAAAAAGGUUUGUAUAAGAAUUAAAAAGAUGAAGGUCUAAAAUGGAAAAUCAAGAAUAUAAUUCCUAACUUCAAAAAAGUUCAGUUCAGAUACAUGCCAUUCUAAUUAUUUGACAUCUAGUCAAAUAUGAAUAAAUCUCAUAUUUCUGAUGAUCAAAACAUUUUAAGCUCCUCGACAACCCAUAGUUUAGUAUCACAUAUUUAUCGGUUACAUUUAACAUGAUUGAAAUAUUUUGGUCAACAUAGAUAUAAUACAUUUAUUCUACUUUAAAAGUUGAGAAUUAAAAUGAUUUAGUUAAAAUUUAGUCUUUCAUUUCUAUUAGAAUAACUUAUUUAAAUAUAUAUGUUUUGCUGACAAAAAAAUUGUUUUGAAUAAAUUUAAAAGAAAACAUUUUAAAAUAUGAAUCAAAAAUUAAAAAAAAAUUA